AUGUUCAAUUACGCCGGAGUUGGAUCAUCUUAUAGACCAGAAAAAGUUGUCGGAGGAUUCGAUACCCUCGACUUCAAUUCUCACAGAAUCCUUUAUGCAGGCCCUGAUCCAGCAGAUAAAGAUAAGGUUUUGAUUAGAAAAAUUGUCCAAGUAAGCGACUCUACUUAUUGCUAUGAAGAGUCAAGAAUUAGUGCUUCAGAAAAUACACACGAACCAACUGUUCAUACCUAACUCAUUAGACUUAAGGGCUUCAACUUGAAGGAGCAUGUUGAUGACUAUGAAUUAAACCUUAGAGGAAAAUACAAGCCAAUCCCAAAUUUGCUAGGAUUCUCACUUUACUACAGAGAUCCAAAGGAAGCAGUACCACAUGUCUCAGUUAUCGAGAACACAUUAAACAAAAUAAAGGCUGAUUCAUGGAUUGAAUUCUUCUAGGACCUGAGAGAUAAAAGAGAUAUGUCUCAAUAUCUCAAGGGUAGAUGGUUUGGAUUCUGA